UGGAAGGCUAAAGGGAGAGAUCCAGAUUUGCUGGUUUGACUGGAAAGGCCAGAGGGGUGUAGUCUUUCAAAGCGUGACAAUUGAGAGACAAACGGAACCAGGCACACAGAAGCGAAGAGAGGGAGAGGUAAAACACUGAAAUAAAAAAAACAUAUAGGUGGAGUGAAGAUAAAUCUUGCACCCGGUGCUGACUAGAAAAAGACAAAAAAGCAAAAGAAACAUGGCUGAGGCCCCGAAGAUUGAACUCUUCGUUAAGGCCAGUGUUGAUGCUGAGAGUGUGGGGAACUGCCCUUUCUGUCAGAGACUCUUCAUGAUUCUUUGGAUGAAAGGGGUCAACUUUACCCUCACCACUGUGGACAUGAAGAGGGCACCCGAUGUGCUGAAGACCCUGGCGCCCGGCUCUCAGCCUCCCUUUCUCAUCUACAAUGAUGAGGUCAAAACGGACACUAACAAGAUUGAGGAGUUCCUGGAGGAAAAGUUGGCCCCACCACAGUAUCCAAAAUUGUUCUGUCGAUAUAAAGAGUCCAACGUUGCCGGAGAAGACAUCUUCCGAAAAUUCUCAGGCUAUAUAAAGAAUCCCAAUCCUGGAUUAAAUGACAUGCUGGAGAAGAAGUUUCUGUCAACUCUGGUGAAGCUGAACAUGUACCUUGAGACGCCUCUCCCUCACGAGCUGGACAAGAACCCAAAUGCCACUGAGUCUUCACGCCUCUACUUGGACGGUGACACCUUCACCUUGGCAGACUGCAACUUGCUUCCCAAACUCAACAUUGUCAAGGUGGUGUGUAAAGAGUACCGCAACUUUGCCAUCCCUAAAGAGCUGAAAGGUCUGACACGUUACCUGGAUAAUGCCUACAAACAAGAUGAGUUUCGUUACACCUGCCCAAAUGACUCAGAGAUCCUCAUUGCCUACCACUCUGUGGCAAAGUACCUGAACAAAUAGCAAAUCAAGGCGGAGAGCUUGAGCAGUGUAAGUGAAAACAUAGAAGAAAAGGUGACAAAAUGCCAGGUUAAUUGAUUUAUGUUUUAUUUGUGUCAAAAUAAGAGUCUGGAUAAUGAAAAUUGUUUGCAGUGGCAGGUUCAAUAGUAGCUUUGUAUAAAGUGUUGUUUUCAUCAAUUGGGUUUUAACAUAUUUUCCAACUGCCACUUCCAAGUUGCUUAAUUAUUCACCAAUUUGUAUUUGUGUACAUAUUGUUGCAUGCUCUGGUUGUUCUGGAUUUAUUCUGCCCCUGUAAAGAUUGAGAAAGCACUGCAAAUCCCAGAGGACAUUUAUGUUAUGUUUCAUUGUGUAUGCAUGUAUUGUGUCUAAGCAUUUAGAUCAUGUUGAUUGCAAUUUAUUAAUGAUAUUUUGACAUGAAAUGAGAAAUCUUUAAAUCCAAUAUGAAUAUAUACAUUUUCAGAAAAUUACUAGCGUAAACAUAAAGAACAAACGGCCUUGGCUGUAGAUAAGGCAGACUGUAAAGCUACACCCCUAAA